UAAGCUUACUUUCUUAAGCAUUCAUUCACCUCCAUUUAUGGCUUUUAUGCACUUUUCUCUUACACACCCUUUCCUUUCAUUCCUAUUUUAAUUUUAAUUUAAUAAAACUAAUAUUCUCUUUUAUUUUUCUUGGGAAAAUCAAAAAUAAAAAAAGAAUCCACAGAGCGUAUUCACACUCCACCCCUUUGAAAAAGCUUACACAGUUUUGUUAACACAGAUUUGUCAUUUGUGUUGAAACCCCACCUCUACAGUGAAAACCCAAUUAGGGUUUUCUGAAAUAAAGUUCAUUUAUUGAGACAGCACAGUGAAGUGUAAUUUUAGUUACAUCAUUUUAUUAGUUUUUAUAUGAUUUCUUUAUGGUAAUGGUAAUAAUAUGAGAAAAAAGGGUAAUAGAAGAUCGAAAGUUAGUAUCUUUACAAAUGGGGGUGGCCAAAGUGUGGAGAUAUAGUGUCAUUUUCAAGAUUUGGCCGUCGGGGCCGUCGUUGGGGGCGGCGGCGCCGUCGCGUCGGCCGAUCUCAUGGACAGCUAUUUGCGGGUUUAUGCUUUUUGCUUUGGGGUUGAUUUCACUCUUCACUGGACACGUGGCAUCUAAUCUUGAAUGGUACUCUCAGCGACUCGUCAAACGGGCUUGGUUUUAUAAGCUGGAUGGAGGUCAUCGUGCACAAAUUGACAUUUGGAAAUCAAGGUAUUCAAGUUCUUACUACGGAUGCAGUGAGAGAGGCCCUCAUUUUGCUUCUGCUGUGCAUGAGCGAUCUUCAAAUGGAUAUCUGCUUAUUGCAACUAGUGGAGGUCUCAACCAGCAAAGAACUGGUAUAACUGAUGCUGUAGUUGUUGCACGGAUACUCAAUGCCACUUUAGUUGUACCUGAAUUGGAUCAUCAUUCAUUUUGGAAGGAUGACAGUGAUUUUGUCAACAUUUUUGAUGUUGGUUGGUUCAUCUCUUACCUUGCAAAAGAUGUCACGAUUGUUAAAAGGGUUCCAGAGAAGGUCAUGACGUCAAUGGAAAAACCCCCAUAUACCAUGCGAGUUCCUAGAAAAUCGGAGCCUGAAUAUUAUUUGGAGCAAGUAUCGCCUAUACUCUUAAGAAGACGGGUUCUUCAGUUGACAAAGUUUGAUUAUCGACUUGCUAAUGACCUCGAUGAAGAGCUACAAAGAUUGCGUUGCCGUGUGAAUUAUCAUGCCUUAAGAUUCACAAAACCCAUAAGAAAUCUUGGUCAGAAAGUUGUGUUGCGCAUGCGAAAGAUGGCAAACCGUUUCAUUGCAGUUCACUUGAGGUUUGAACCUGAUAUGUUGGCAUUCUCUGGCUGCUACUAUGGUGGGGGUGACAAGGAAAGAUAUGAAUUGGGUGAGAUAAGAAAACGAUGGGCUACUUUACCUGAGUUGAGCCCCGAUGAAGAGCGAACACGAGGGAAAUGUCCACUAACACCUCAUGAAGUCGGGCUUAUGCUGCGGGCUCUUGGCUUCAAAAAUGACACGUACCUUUAUGUUGCAUCUGGUGAAAUAUAUGGUGGAGAGAAGACUCUGCAGCCUCUAAGAGAGCUUUUUCCAAACUUUUAUACCAAAGAGAUGCUUGCCAGUGAAGAACUUCAACCAUUUCUCCCUUACUCUUCUCGACUUGCUGCAAUUGACUACAUUGUUUGUGAUGAAAGCGAUGUCUUUGUCACUAACAACAAUGGGAACAUGGCAAAGAUCCUCGCCGGUAGAAGGAGAUACAUGGGGCAUAAGAGGACGAUCAGACCAAAUGCCAAAAGGCUCAGUGCUUUGUUCAUGGCACGGGAUAAGAUGGAUUGGACCACAUUCUCUAGAAAAGUCAAAUCAUGCCAAAGAGGUUUCAUGGGAGAUCCAGAGGAAAUGAGACCAGGCCGUGGAGAGUUCCAUGAAUUUCCAUCGUUGUGUAUCUGUAAGAAACCAUACAAUUAUUCUAAUGUAUUAAGCAAAGAGAACAAGGAUCAGUUUUCGAGAAGGAAUCCAACUGUCGUGGAGUCAAGAUAUAGGUACCUAUCCAAUAGCAGUAACCUGGAUGAGAAGAGCUUACAGAAAUUUAGAAAAGGGAGAUUGAGGGAAGGGCAUGGAUCUCUAAUAGAAGAGAUUGACCCUGAUAAUCCUUUAUCUGACUAAAUAAAUACCGAGAUUAGGUUAUCAGUUUUGCUAGUAUUGUUAUGGUUAUCUUGUCCUCUCCAACAUGCUGCGAUUUUUCACUUGGUACGACUUCAGGAAGCUGGAGUCUCAGUGCUCGGUAGCAUCUUCAAUGCUCAAUUUUUCCGAUCUUGCUGCUUUUGUAUAGCAAAUCGUGUAACUUCUGGUGAUCUGCUAAUUGUUCAUAUAUGUUCUGUAAGAUAGGACUGUAGGGAGAGUGAGGCCUUAUGUUGCCUGGUUGAAGAUAUAUAUUCUGCAGCUUUUUCACUAUGUUUCGUUUGUUUGAUGUGUAUCCAAUUAGGACAGUUUGGUUCAUCAAAAUGAAGACCACGGGGCUUCCUCA